AUGAACUUUACAAUUUGUUUCCUUUGUAGGAGGAAUGGUGGGAAAUGGCUGGUGAAAUAUCCGAGCGUAAAGGCCUGUCCCGGUGAAGUGACCAGGUUGGAAGGAGAGUGGGGCGCGUGGCUUGUAUCAUCGCGACAGGCGGGCGCCGCUGUACCUCAUCUCAUAGAGGCUGCUCGAACCGUUGAUGCUCUCACUGCGGCUCUGAAGGCACAUCAUUAUAAAAAAGCUCUUCAAAUUGUACAGGCAUUUUUAAUUCAACACGUUAAGAAGACAGAAAAUAAUAUAAAUCAACAAUUAAUCUCUUAG